AUAUGCUUUACAAAUACCUGAAGUAUGUAUCAUGUCUCUAUGGAAGCUGCUGAAAGAAAGAACUACAUUUUAUUUUGAACACUUCAUUGUCUUGUUAUUUUUUUGUACAACAAAACAACCGCUAAUUAAACAGACCAAAGUGAUAGCAAAUCUAAAGAGUGUGAGAAGAGGUGCUAAAUGCAUGCAGUGCAAUGGCAGCUUCAGCCUUUUGUUGUGAAGUUGUGUCCUAUACAGUAUCAGGUCCUGUUUCCUAUUGGUGUAGAAGGAGUCACAUGUCAGACGUGGUAGCUGGAAGGUCAGUUCUUUUCUCUGCUACCUCAGAUUAGCAAAUGUAUUGGAACUGAAACGAUCUGCUAGGGCUCUCAAUGGCUAAGAAAAGAUUAUGCCUAAUUCUUGCUUUAAUAGACAUUGGGUUUUCUCAGUCCAAGGAAGCGUUCUCCUCAGAACUCACUAGCAGUUAUAAGUAUCAAACCACUUCUAGAAAAGAAUUGGUGUGGAAUUAUGGGCAAAACAACCAACACCGAGCAGGGCGGAAUCAUCCUUUGAAACAUCAAGGAACUGGGCAGGGGAUGUUAUACAAUAUUUUGAGAAGAGAAACGUUGCAUGAAGAAAUGAUCAUUGAGAAUAAAGCGCAUCGUCACAGGCUUAUAAACAUCACCUCAAAUGGCAAAACCUGCGUUCUGUUUAAAGCAAAAAGAAUAAUGAUACAAUUUAAGAAUGAAACUCAGUUGGAUCUAACAACUAAAAAUGUUAGUUUGCACGACACUAUAGACCUUGCCAGAUCAAGCUGCAAUGAAGAAAAUGCCACACUUUCACUAAAGUUUCUCAAUGUUGGAGUUUUAAGUGGACUUACAUUAAGAUUUCUACUAAUGAAAAGUUACUACAAGCUGUCUUUUCAAAACUGGUUUCAGUUGCACAAUGUACAGAUCAUUUUGAACAAUUCUGUGCAAGCAACGUUCAACACCACAUGGAUAUCUGCUCCGGUUGGCUCUUCUUUUCACUGCCACCAUAUCAGCAGCCUCAAGAAAUAUGAUGCACUGUUGGUUCCAAGCUCUGGAGAUGGCAGCACUAGAUUGUGGGAUCUCACUUUCCUGAAUUUCCAGAUACAGGCGUUUAAUGCUGAAGAUGGACAUUUUGGCUCUGCGAGAGACUGCACGACCUACAUGUCACCAGCCAUCCUUAUGGGGCUUGUCAUGUCUCUUAUUCUGCUGCUGGUUCUGGCCUAUGCACUCCACAUGCUUAUCCAUCUGAAAUCGAUUGACAAACACUAUCAAAGGAAAAAUUCUACCACCUACUUCCCUAAAACAAAAGACUAUUCUCAUGAAGAUGAGAGGGAGCCCCUAAGUGGCCGUCUACAAGAAUGUUAUGAACUGAGACAGCAACAGUAUAGCAAGCGUCACGUGCAGCCGUGUACAUCUGUUCCCUAUUAGCACUAUAAUUGACCAUUGUUUCCCCUUUGUGUAUUUCUGUUAUUCUGAUUUUGUAUUAAACACGGUUUCCAAGAACUGA